CCCUGACCUGUCCCUGCAGCAUUGAUCUGUCUGUCUAGUGUUUAGUUUCCAGCUGGUGCAGAUCGACACGUGGAUCGCGGGCCGGACGCUGAUUGGCGGACAGGAAGGUGGCCGCAGCACCGCCACUCUCACCUAACUUUUCUCCUUCCUCUCUCGUCAUCCAUACACCACACAUCACAAUGCUCUGCGUCUGUCCAUCAACACUACGAUUGAUGUAGCCCCAGAUUUGCUUGCUCCAUAGUUAAACGGCGAUCCGCGCCAGAUGGAGCCCGUCAAGGUGCCUGCCAUGGCACCCCACUCGACCCCUGACGUCCAGGAUAAUCCCCCGCCUGCGGCCAGCCGGCUCAGCUUCUUCACCUCCCAGCUGGCUACCACCAUCGAUGCAUCCAGCAUCGAGGAUCUAUGCUCCGUCUAUCAUCCUUUUGAGCUGCUUCUGGAGACAGGAAACCACAGUGGCCUGUGGUGGCUCGAUAUGACGGCCCCGUCGGAAGAAGACAUCGAAACCAUCGCCCGCUUCUUCAGUCUGCAUCCGCUGACCACGGAGGAUAUCAAGAUCCGCGAAACGAGAGAGAAGAUUGAGCUGUUUAGUCAAUACUACUUUCUCUCUCUGCGACCGCCGCGCCGGUUUGAGACCGAUGACGGGGUGCGUAUUGUCUCGCACAAUCUCUACGCGGUCGUCUUCCGCGGGGGCGUUAUCAGCUUCAGCUCCGAUCCCACUCUGCAUGCCGGCCACAUUCGUCAGCGGAUUCGCGAACAUAGCAGUCACCUCUUGUUGACCAGUGACUGGAUCUGCUAUGCAUUGAUCGACGACAUUGUCGAUGGCUUUGCCCCAUUCAUCGACCGGGUUGAAACCGGAGUCGAAACGGUGGAAGACUCCGUUUCCAUCACCCGUCCUGACGAAAUGGGACUUGCUUUACAGCGCAUCUUCAAAUUGCGCAAGGAGGUGAUGCACAUCCGCCAGCCGCUGCACGAUAAGAUUGACGUCAUUCGUUCCUUCGCGCGGCACUGCGAGUCUGACGCUCCGUCGUCGCAGGUGGCCCUGUACCUCAGCGACAUCUGCGACCACGUCGUCACCAUGAUAGCGAAUCUGGAUCAGGCCGAGCAAAUGCUCUCCCGGUUGCAGUCCAAGUACCUCACCCAGGUCCACUUUGAUUCCGGUCGCAUGCACAAUGGCAUUGCAUCGACACUGAACAAGCUGACGAUUCUUGCGUCAAUCCUGGUGCCGAUGCAGUUCAUUACCGGGUUCUUUGGCAUGAAUGUCAAGGUCCCGGGGAAGGGAGAGCACACGUUGAACUGGUGGUAUGGCAUUCUCGGGACUAUCCUGGGGCUGACCGUUUUGUUUGCGUGGGUGGCCAAGCGGGUGGGUUUGUUAGAUCGGUGACUUUGCCUAAUAAUCAUCUAUGUAUCCCGAUCUCUGAUUCUUUCAUAUAUGCCUAUAAUCUCAAUCUUGUCCCAUUUUUAUCAUUGUCAUCAGUCCUCAUCCAAUAUUCUCUGCCGAAUUCAUACCUUGAUAUCUACCCCAAUCUCCAUCUGCCUCUCUCAAUAAAGCUAAACCAUAUCAACACGAGCAGUGGGGCAAGCCACCAUCUAGACUCCGGGAUGGAUUCCGCGGGAACAACCAUCUACCAUCGGGAUGGAUCCCGAUCAACCCACAAUAUCUAGUUGAAUCC